CAAUAGCAACAGAAAGUGUAAAAUAUACAGAAUUUUCCAUCCUUCUAUCCCCACUAUUCACUAUUUUCUCACAAUCAAAAUUGAGCAAAACAUUGCCAGCCCAGUGAAAGACAUCACUCAUACGCACCGUUGCACAGCAUAAGGAUUACUCAAACGGUACGAGUGUGCGUGCGUGCUAAAAGGAUUAUAGCAGUUACUGUGUCGGUCGUGAUAUAGUUGACGUUUUCGGUUUAAAGAACGUUCAGCGUUACGUGUGUGUGUGCGUGUACUCGAGUUUAGCGUGCGUUUCACCAUGAAAGCAUUCAUCUUGUUGUCCUGUGUAGCGCUGGCAGCUGCCCGGCCUGAGGCGGGCUAUGCUUACAAUAGGCCCGGCGGUGGUGGCGGCUCUGGUGGAUUCGGUGGCGGUUCCGGUGGAUUUGGUGGCGGCUCCGGUGGAUUCGGUGGUGGUGGCGGAGGUCUUGGCGGUGGACUAGGUGGUGGACUUGGCGGUGGCCUCGGUGGUGGCGGCCUUGGCGGUGGUGGCGGUGGAUUUGGUGGCGGUUCUGGAGGUGGUGGCGGUUUCGGCGGCGGUGGUUUUGGUGGCGGCGCCGGUGGUGGCGGUGGAUUCGGAGGAGGUGGCAUCGGCGGCUUCGGUGGUGGCGGCGGUGGUGGCGGCACCACACUCGUGCAGAAACACAUUUAUGUGCAUGUGCCACCACCAGAGCAAGAGGAAGUACGUCCACGACCCAACAUACCCAUCGGUCAAGCACAGAAACACUACAAGAUCAUCUUCAUUAAGGCACCAUCUCCACCCAGUUACCAGGCGCCAAUCAUUCCCCUGCAGCCACAGAACGAAGAGAAGACACUCGUCUAUGUGUUGGUCAAGAAGCCAGAAGAUCAACAGGACAUCGUUAUUCCUACACCAGCGCCCACACAGCCCUCCAAACCCGAAGUAUACUUCAUCAAGUACAAGACCCAAAAAGAAGGCGGCGGUGGCGGUGCUAUUGGAGGUGGUGGAAUCGGAGGCGGCGGCGGUGGAAUCGGUGGUGGCGGCAUUGGCGGCGGUAUCGGCGGUGGUGAUGGCGGCUACUCCGGCGGCGGCGGCGGUGGUGGCGGUGGUGAUAUCUCAGCACCUUCCUCCAACUACGGACCACCCGGCAAAUCUGGACCAUAUUAAGCGAACACUUGCGGCGAAAAUUCGAGUGCAGCUAAAAAUGUGCAACAACUCUAUUAGAUUGGACGUUAACUACAAAAAACGACGACGAAAUUCGCAGACAAACCAAACGAACGGAAUGGUGCUGGGCGAAAUUCAAGCACACGACAAAUUUAGCUAAAGCUGCCGGCUAGUCUUGUUAAACGAUAACACAUUAUUAUUAUUAUUUUAAUUUAAUUUUUGAUUUCGUCAUUGAAAUUCUGUUUGUCACAACAUCCCGAGGACCGACCAAGCCAAACAAAAGGCAAACAAAACAGAACAGAAAUUGCAUAAAACGCCGAAAAUGCUGUGACUAACCCAUAAGACAUAGGGCAGCUCUUAAACUGCCUGGAAAAAUGACCUUGACUUUGACAAAUUCGGCCCAAUGCAAUGCCGCGCUGCUCUCAUCUCACGACGCUAAAGCAAGGUGCUCGCUGGCGACUUUCGGUGCUCAAAUGUCAAACGUCUGUGGUAAAUAAAACGAAACUUGCCCAUCAUCCACAUAAUCAAGCAAGCAUAAGCUCAUCCUCAUCUCGAUUCUACUUCUCUACAACACUAUCUCCAUCCCACUCAAAUGCUCUCUACUACGCGCCAUCUCUACGCAAUUGUGCUGUAUCUUGUUCUAUAAGAGUAUCACUUUUGGGCGUGUUAUCUUUUGUAUAUAAGCCAUUUCCCUGUAUAUCUCUACAUAUAUAUUGAUCUUUUUGUUGUAAAUGCGUAUAUAUAUAUAUAUAAUAAAUAAUUUGCUAGUUAUAAGUGCGAUGCGUUGAUUAAGCUAAUAACCCUCAUUAGACCCACUUAAAGCGCUGUCUACAUAUAUUGUGAGACGCAAGCCCGUAAUAUUAAUUAUUAAUUUGCGAAAUAUGUAUUAAUAUUUAAGUUUUUGUAUUAUGCGCAGUAUAAAAAAC